AUGGAACUGGAUCGGGAACGGAAACCUAAUCUCACUGUGGAACGGAACGGAACUGUUCCGACGACUGUGCAUUAUCGAUACCGCCGGUUCGAUAAGGAGUGGGGAGGCCGGUUCGAUAAGGAGUGGGGAGGCCGGUUCGAUAAGGAGUGGGGUGGCCGGUGCGAUAAGGAGUGGGGAGGCCGGUUCGAUAAGGAGUGGGGUGGCCGGUUCGAUAAGGAGUGGGGAGGCCGGUUCGAUAAGAAGUGGGGAGGCCGGUUCAAUAAGGAGUGGGGUGGCCGGUGCGAUAAGGAGUGGGGAGGCCGGUUCGAUAAGGAGUGGGGUGGCCGGUUCGAUAAGGAGUGGGGUGGCCGGUUCGAUAAGGAGUGGGGUGGCCGGUUCUACUCCUUCCGAUAUUCAACAGGCAACAUCAAUGCUCAUGUCUAA